UCUCGCUUUCACAAGAAUUUCUGUGCGCAGGUGUAUCAAGGCCGUAAAAACGCCUAAAAAAGGGCAGCUAAAAGAAAAACGACGGUCUUGGCUAGAUAAAUCUAAUUAUCUUUCUCAACGAUAUAAUACCUGUCCUCAACUUAACCGUCAAGUGCAUUUAGUAACGCCAGCCUAAGCCUAAGCCAUAAUGAGUAAACCGGGCAGUGCUCCGCCGCAGUUCACCUAUGUGCCGCCACCUUCGGCGCCGCCAUCAUACCAGGAGGCGGUGGGCGGCGUCAAGCCCGUGGGCCCAUACACGCCCGUAGUAGCGCCCGCCACUACCAACACCACCAUAGUGACUACUUUAGUGCCUAUUAGCCGCUCCUCGACACACAUGAUCUGUCCGUCGUGUCAUGCCGAGAUUGAGACGACCACGCGCACCGAGCCCGGAAUGAUUGCCUAUUUGUCUGGAUUUUUGAUUGCUCUGUUUGGCUGCUGGCUGGGAUGCUGCCUGAUACCUUGCUGCAUUGAUGACUGCAUGGAUGUGCAUCACUCGUGCCCCAACUGCAGGGCAUACUUGGGGCGCUACCGGCGAUAAUCCUGCUCGGUUUGAUGUCAGUUCCGUGGUGUAAUUAAUUUAAGCAAGCGUUUUUGCCUUUAUUUAUUUAAUUGUAGUAAUGUCAUUUGGAUUCCACACGGCGGAGGCAGGUGGAACGAGUCCAGGCUUCCCUUAAUCUAACUCUUAACUUGCUAAAAUUGCUCAGUGCCGCCGGUGUUUAUGUUUUUUUUUUUCGGUUUGCCCUCCCCCCACGUUUUUAACUGUUAUACUGUAUGUUUCUGCCACGCUAAAGAUAGUUAUAAACGAUCCAGGACAACAGCUACGACGAAAAUUAAAUAAUAAAACGGCUUUUGUACGUAGUACUUAUGCAAAUAUGUACUGGCACCUGCCUGCUGUGUCCAUUUUGAAGCAGGAGGAGCCCUUGGAUGCACUUGCACAAAUUGUAAAUCUAUUCAAGUUCAGCCCCUAGGAUUUCUACGCGCACAUCGAUUGAUAUAUUAUAUAUAAUGUGUAGUUGCUUGAAUAAAAAGACACAAGAUACGACAACAUAUUUUUGUAACGAUCUGUAAAAGAAUCUUGUCCAUGAUUUGUAUGCUAUAAAAGCUAUUCUGUGUAAUGAUUAAUCACCAAAUUGACUUUUUAUUUUUAAAUAAAACAUAAAAUGUAACUAAAA